CAUAGUAUUCCAUGGUGUAUAUGUGUCACAUUUUCUUUAUCCAGUCUAUCAUUGAUGGGCAUUUCUUAAGUGUGUGGUUGGAUUUAUUAUUAUCACAAAGAUAAGAGGACUACUGGAUGUUUAGUAUGUAGUAGACAGUAUGAACACAUCCUGCAUCCAUAGGGACAGCCCUAUGCAAAGAAAAAUAUUCCAUUCCCUACACCCAGACUCCCAAUGGAUAUCUGUACAUUAGAAAAUAUUGUUAUAAUUACAUCAGUUUGAAAUCUACUCUGCUCUACAGACAAAGAAAACUUAUAUUUUGCAAGGUCCUCCUAUAUAACAAUUUAAUAAAACCAAGGAAAGAUUGUGGUUUAUUUUGUUUGGAACUUUGUCAAGACUUGAUGAACUUGUCAGGAAAAUAUCACCAAUAUCAAAGUGACUCCUGAUAUUUGAGUCACCAACACAUUAAUGAUGAUUCCACAUGUGUCGAUUUUACUACUUAUAUCUCACUAAGUGAUCCAGCAUUUAUAUAUUGAAAUUCAAAUUAUUUUAUAAUACAACCUAUAUUAUAAUUAUUUCAUUAUUUGUAUUGUGAAUUAUUUUUCUUUUACAUCUAUUUACGUUAGACUUAGGAUAGUUUGCAUACACAUACAUACAUGUUUAUACUUAGGUUACAUCAACUAUACAUAUUAUUUCAAGAAUCUAAAGGAAGCAUUUCUAAAUGUGUGUUUGACAAGAAGAUUUUUCCAAUAUUAUGGCAUUCAGAACUAUUGCUCUAGACAAUAUCAACUUGGGAUAACUGUCCUUUUAAGAACCAUGUCCAGGGCUGCUUAUAGAGACUGACAAGUAAUGCUGAGUCUCAACAUUUUAUACCCCAAAUACCCAUAAAGAAAUCACACAUUUUUUUACUUGGCAGAAACAGAUAAACUCAUUGGUCUUUACCCAAGCUUCACCCUAAUUCUCAACCGGAUUCCUUCCCUGGAAUUCAUGAUAAAUGUACCAAAGACUCCUGUGGAGUAACUAAGCAGAUAAUUUUUUCUGUGAUUGUGGAAAAAUACAUUGUUAUCACCCUCUAAACCAUAAUGUUUAGAAGGUUUCAGUUUUCAUAGGCUCUGAACAAUUUGUCCAUCCAUCGCUGGGAACAGGAAAAGAAUUUUUUUUUCUCUCAGUGUCUAAAUUAGACGAGCUCUUUCCUAGUUGGUUUUUAUCCCAUCAUCUAGUUUUAUUUUCUUAUUAGCAUUUAACAUUAAUUGACACUGUACUUACUUGUUUUUUAUGUAUCUCUCCCAUCUAGAAUAAAAGCUCAGUAGGAUAGGAGUCAGCCCUAUCAUCUUCACUGCUAUAUCCCACUGUCUGGAACAGCACAUAGGGCUCAACAAAUAUUUUGUUUUUCAAGAAAAAAUUAAUAAACCUCUCAAUAGCAUGAAGGCUUUUCUGUUAUCAAAUGAAUUUUAUUACAAUAAAUAUAUUGAAACUCAGAAAACUUCCAUCACCUGCCCAAGGCAGCCAAAAUUCCUGCUUAGUGUUGAUUAUAUUAUUGCAGGUGCUUAGUAUAGAAAAUGCCGUCAUCUGGUGUUGGUUGAGGCAAUUAAACUGUCUUCUACUCUAUUUGUAGGUGCAGUAUCCGUAAGCCAUGCAGAGAAGCAAUCACACAGUGACUGAGUUCAUCCUGCUGGGCUUCACCACAGAUCCACGGAUGCAGCUGGGCCUGUUUGUGGUGUUCCUGGGCGUGUACUCUCUGACUGUGGUAGGAAAUAGCACCCUCAUCAUGUUGAUUUGUAAUGAUUCCCGCCUCCACAUACCCAUGUAUUUUUUCAUUGGAAAUCUGUCAUUUCUGGAUCUCUGGUAUUCCUCUGUCUACACCCCAAAGAUCCUAGUGAUCUGCAUCUCUGAAGACAAAAGCAUCUCUUUUGCUGGCUGCCUGUGUCAGUUCUUCUUCUCUGCAGGGCUGGCCUAUAGUGAGUGCUACCUGCUGGCUGCCAUGGCUUAUGACCGCUAUGUGGCCAUCUCCAAGCCCCUGCUUUAUGCUCAGGCUAUGCCAGGGAGAUUGUGCAUCUGUUUGGUUUUAUAUUCCUAUACUGGAGGUUUUGUCAAUGCGAUAAUACUAACCAGCAACACAUUCACACUGGAUUUUUGUGGUGACAAUGUCAUUGAUGACUUUUUCUGUGAUGUCCCACCCCUGGUGAAGCUGGCAUGCAGGGUGAGAGAGAGCUACCAGGCUGUACUGCACUUCCUGCUGGCCUCUAAUGUCAUCUCCCCUAUUGUGCUCAUCCUGGCCUCUUACCUCUCCAUCAUUGCCACCAUCCUGAGAAUCCGCUCCACCCAGGGCCGCCUCAAAGCCUUCUCCACAUGCUCCUCCCACCUGAUCUCUGUUACCUUAUACUAUGGCUCCAUUCUCUACAUCUACUCUCGACCAAGUUCCAGCUACUCCCUUGAGAGGGACAAAAUUGUUUCUACCUUUUAUACUGUGCUGUUCCCCAUGUUGAACCCUAUGAUCUACAGUCUGAGGAAUAAAGACGUGAAAGAAGCUCUGAAAAAAUUCUUCAGGUCAGCAUAAUCCAAAGUCUGAAUUG